GAUGCCUGUUCACUUGUUUAAAUUUCACUCGAAUUUCCAGUAACUAACUUUUUGAGGUUCCAUUUAAAUCAUCAGAAAUGGAAUGGCAGCGGCCAGCGAGUUACACAGCAACGUCUGACAAACAAAGGCGGUCGAACAGUUAAAAUUUCGUCUAAAUUCGCCACCGGUGGAGCUGUUCCCAUUGUACUGCACUGUAAAUGCUGUGUUUCGUUGUGGAUUUCAGUGCUGAUCCGCUGAUGCAAACACUCUUUUGCUGGCAUUUCGCAUGCUUACUUAGCUGCAUUCAACGCGUACAGUAUGUUCAUAAGAAAGUGCUUUAAAAGCAGCGUCCGUACCCUUUUCCGUGUGGUAAUAUUUUCGAGUAGAUCAGAUUGUUAAAUACCGGAACCACUACGCGUUUCACUUCCUUUGCGUUAACGGAUAAUAUGUAUUUUAAAGGAACAAAAUAUUAUACUUUCCACUAAUAAUCUUGACAGCAGGGCGCUGCCUGGUUUCAAAAACACCAAGGUAAUGACAGUUGACUACAUAGUCCGUAAGUCUUGAGCACCUAUGGCAUUGUCAGAUUUUGCAAGCUGCCACGUUUCAUUUCCGUACGUUUUCCAACCAUCGCGUUAUCUGCGACAUACUGCGCUUCCUCCAGCUGAUGUUGGCCUUGCUCUUCUCCACCGCUUGAGAAAGGGCACGUUGAGCAAUACUGAUACUGUCGCGGUUGUCAUCGAUAAAGGCCUCCAGUUCGCGUAGUUCAAAAGCAGUGUUAAAGGAGCGGGUCAAGCCACUGAUCAAGUGCGACAGUCCUCCAAUAACCCCAGCAUAUCUGCAUCAACGAUAAGGAAUAUACGGUAAUUACGGCCACUUUCUUAUUGACGAUGCCGCGGCUAACUUAUUUUUUGCCCGUACUAAUCACUGUCGGCGUUUUCAUUGGAAUCACCGGUGGACAAACUUACGGGCAAAGCUGCUCGACUACAUGUCCAGCUCGAUUUGCGCGCCUUAACGCUUCGGACUGCUUUAUGCUGCUGAUUGAUUAUCAGACGGGGGUCAUGCUAUUCGUUCGCAAUGUUCCUCGCUCACAGGUAUUAGGCAACAUGAAGUAUCUGGCCCACCUCGCCAAAGCACUGAACAUACCGACGGUCAUGACCACCAGCUUGGAAGACGAAUUUGACGGACCGAUCGUGGAUGAACUGCAACAGAUUCUACCUGACACUUUUGCCAGUCGUAUACCACGUCAUGGUACCAUUAACGCCUGGGACGAACCGGCUUUUAGAGCGGCGGUACUUAAAGCAGCCGGUGAGCGAAAGACGGCUAUUCUGGCGGGCCUCACCAAUGAUGUCUGUGUGGUUAACCCGGCCAUCUCCAUGGUGCAGGAGGGAUUUAACGUGAUAGUCGUGCAGGAUGCCAGUGGCAGCCCCAAUGCGCAGGCGGACGAGAAUGCCCGGCGCCGUUGGGAGAAGGGCGGUGCCCGCACAUACACGACAGGGGCGCUGCAGUCGGAGAUAGCCAAUGACUGGAGCAGCCCAGUUGGUUCCAAAGUGUUGCAGAUGAUUAUUGACCAAUACCUUCCCACGUUCAAUACAACAUAUCCUUGGAAAACUAGCUUUAACUGAACGGUGAUGCCUUGUGCAGCCAAUAUUUAAUUCGUAGCUGAUUUAUUUUAUGAAUCAUGUGCGUAAUUAACUGUCAUAAAUAAUAUGGAACCGAUGCGGCGGCAACUUAAUUUACAAGUUACAAGCUGAUCAUAACUGAUGCAUGCGUUGCGGUGCUGCCUUAAGUCUCGGACCGUUUUCUCUCUGGUAACCGAUUUGGUCGGUUUUUGUUGGUAAUAAGAUUUUCCAUAAAGAACUCUGAUAAUAAU